AUGUCUCUAUUUCUCACACUCUUUCUUUUCCUUUCCUCGCACUCUGUUGCUAUUUUGUUCUGUUAUUUGCAUUUCGGUUCUCUUCUUUCUUUUGGAACUCUCUUCAUUUCUUUUCAUUAUAAUAAUCAUUUUGUCCAAAAGUCUUUGUCUUCUAUAUCACUUGAAUAUUUUUCUUUCUUUCUUUCUUUCUUUCUUUCUUUCUUUCUUUCUUUCUUUCUUUCUUUUCCUUAUAAUAAUCAUGCUGUCCAAAAGUCUUUGAUAAUUCAUGCUAAUGUUCAGUCUUCUGUAUCACUUGAAUAUCUUUCUUUCUUUCUUUCUUUCUUUCUUUCUUUCUUUCUUUCUUUCUUUUCACUAAUAAUAAUCAUUCUUCUUCUGUAUCACUUGAAUAUCUUUCUUUCUUUCUUUCUUUCUUUCUUUCUUUCUUUCUUUUCACUAAUAAUAAUCAUUCUUCUUCUGUAUCACUUGAAUAUCUUUCUUUCUUUCUUUCUUUCUUUCUUUCUUUCUUUCUUUCUUUUCACUAAUAAUAAUCAUUCUGUCCAAAAUCUUCUGUAUCACUUGAAUGUCUUUCUUUCUUUCUUUCUUAAUUUCUUUUUCUUUCUUUCGUUCUUUCUUUUCAUUAUAAUAAUCAUUCUGUCCAAAAGUCUUUGA